AUGAAUAGUGGGUCUGUUCCAGCAGCUGAGCGGCCUGGUCCAGCAAGGAGAGAGUCUCCGGGAACGCAGAGUGCACCGCUCCUCGUGCCGUCUGCAGGGAAGGGAGCCGGGGGCAGCGGGAUGGCCUCGGAAGGGGAGAGCAUCAACCUGCAAGGCAUGAAUCCUCAUCUGCGCACUAAUGGGCCAAUGAACAUCAACCAUUAUGCAACGAAGAAGAGCGUGGCAGAGAGUAUGCUGGAUGUGGCACUGUUCAUGGCAAAUGUCACACAGCUCAAAGCCGUGCUGGAGCAGGGGACUUCUUUCCAGUACUACACCACCCUCAUCGUGCUCAUCAGCAUCUCCCUCUUCUUCCAGGUGGUGAUUGGGAUCCUUCUCAUCAUCACUGCUCGUUUGAACCUGAAUGAUGUGGCAAAACAACCCCGCCUAAAUAUACUCAACAAUGCUGCAACAGCUCUCAUCUUCAUCACAGUCAUCAUCAAUAUCUUCAUCACGGCCUUUGGGGUGCAGAAGACUGGCCUCUACCCUACCAGGAAUUUUCGACCUUAUUAAGUCAAGGGGAAGUGGAGUCAGGAUCUGAACAGCACAACCAGUGGGGAAAGCUUUCCUUGAUGUUUUGAAUGAUCUCAGCAGGAUCCCAGCAAAGAAUCCAGAGAACAGAGCUAAACUUUCAAAAUUGUACUUGUUUUGUGGCAUACCUGCCCCUUAACUCUAAGGCUUAUGCAGUUCUGCAGGGGUGAAGAUUUCCAUUGCUUUUCAAAGCUAGAGCAAAUUUUGCAGUAAUCUCUAGAGAAAGCUGCAGAAACAGCAGCAGGUACAUAAUUUCAAAGCACAGUUCUCUAAACCUCUUACUGCAGCUGCCUGCCUCACAUAGUGAAUAUUGGCUCAUUUUGUAGAGAAGAGUGAACAGUGUACUUGGUAGGACAAACAAAUAUAAGAUAUUCAGCUUCUUAAACAUGAUUUGCUAUAUCUAUAUAUAGAUAGCAAUGCUGAUUAGUAGUUUACCUUUCAGAUGGAGGAACGGCUCUCUCAAACUGAAGGAAAUUAUAAUGAGACAAUAGGAAAGUAUGCAUGUCAACAUAGCUAAAGAGAGAUCAAAUAUUUUCCUAAUUGUUUAAAAAUAAAAUGAAACGAGAAACAGUUAUGAAAACAAUCAGAUAUUUCCAGUAUUAAGAAAUUAACAGUGACAGAAAAUAGGUAUUGUAUUCUGAUGUCAUCAAUAGGGGUGUAUAAGGAGUGCUGACUGGGCAUCCUAACAAAAGGUAGGAGAGAAACAUUACACAUGAGACACUCUGGGCUAAUUGCCAUGAUAACACAUGACAAAUGUGUAGGGUAUUACUGUAUAAGUUACCAUUUUAAUUUAAGGUGUUAUCACUAACAUCGAUGUUGUAAAUAUGUAAUCUCCAUAUUGACAACACUAGGAACUCUUUUUAAAGAAAAAUCUUUCCAGUACAAGUCUUUGAAUUGAAGAUUUUUCAGAUUUUCCUUAAGUAGUAAACACUUUGUAUCCUAGAUUUUUAUAAGUCUGCAGUCACAGUAAUUGAGAUUUUAACAGCCUGGUGUAAGCCUACUUAAGCAACGAAAUGCUUUUCUGAUUAUUAAAUGUU